AUGUCUUCCGCGACCACUUUCUACGACUUCGAGCCCGUCGAUAAAAAGGGCAACGCCUUCCCCCUCACCUCCCUACAGGGCAAGGUCGUCCUGGUCGUCAACACGGCCUCGAAAUGCGGUUUCACGCCCCAAUUCCAAGGCCUUGAGAAGCUCUACCAGGACCUGAAGGCCAAAUACCCCGAGGACUUCACCAUCAUCGGAUUCCCCUGCAACCAGUUCGGAAGCCAGGACCCCGGCUCUAACGACGAGAUCCAGUCGUUCUGCCAGAUCAAUUACGGAGUGACUUUCCCCGUGCUGGGCAAGUUGGACGUGAAUGGGGAUAAGGCGGCGCCGGUGUGGACGUGGAUGAAGGAGCAACAGCCCGGUCUGCUGGGCCUGAAGCGUAUCAAGUGGAACUUUGAGAAGUUCUUGAUCUCGGCUGAUGGAAAGGUUGUUGGACGGUGGGCCAGUUUGACGAAGCCUGAGUCGUUGGAGGAGCCUAUUGUGAAGGAGAUUGAGAAGGCGAAGAAGGAGGGGACCUUGGCUUCGGUGAAGAAGGCGGGUGACGCCCAGGGUGAGCCUGAGGCGAAGCUGGCUUGA